UUUUGAUUUCCUUAUAUAAACAAAGUUAUCGGAAUCUGACUCUUUCUAACAUUGAUAAGGUAAAAUUUUCUAUGCACCUGAUCUGAAACAGAAAAUUUUAAUCGUUGAAGUGUUUCCUCAAAAAUUAGCAAUACCUGCAAAAGAUACACUUCAGAAGAAGAUAAUUUCUCAAUCUGUUACAGCCUGAUUGAUUUCCUCUGCACAUCUUCUAAGAAAUUGAAGUAUAAUGUUUUAUUUGACUGAGUAAUUUUAAUUGGUUUUUCUCAAGAUCAGAAUGGAGGAACAACUUAUGUCUUAUGAAAUGCUGCAUGACCGACCCCAUGGAUGUAAGUUAUGUGGCAAAAGGUUUAAAAAGGGAAACCAAUUGAGACAACAUCUUAUUAUUCAUAAGCCUCCUGACAAACGUCCAUUCAGAUGUUAUAUUUGUGAGCGAACAUUUAAUCGUUCCCACCAUCUUAAAUUACAUGUUUUAGCUCACACUAAACAAAGUCCAUUUCGGUGUGAGAUUUGUGGUCAAGGAUGUAAUCAGAUGAGUAAUUUGCGACGCCAUCUGCAAACUCAUGAAGCAGAAAGAAAUCAUGCCUGUGAAUAUUGUGGAAAAACCUAUGUUGGUGAGGCAGCUCUUCAAAAGCAUCUUUUAAAGCAUACUGAAAAAAAUGUGUUUCCGUGUCUUUUUUGUGAUAAAAUAUUUUACAAAGCAGGAAAUUUAGAAAACCAUACCUUAAUUCAUACUUCUGAUAGAUCAUUUGUAUGUAAUUUAUGCAAUAAAGGCUUUGCAAGAGAGAGUAGCUUAAAACAGCAUCUUGUUUCUCAUAGUGAAGAUGAAUCCCAUACUUGUGAUGUAUGUGGGCGUCAGUUCAAGCGUUUAGGAAAUUUUGAAAAUCAUUUAAUUGUUCACACUGGCUAUACACCGCAUACUUGUGAUACAUGUGGCAAAAAGUUUUUGCAAAUUGGUAGCUACCGACGUCAUUUACGCUUGCAUUCUGAUUCAUACAAAGAUUCUACUCUCAUUAAUUCUGAUUCACACGAUGAUCCAUUAUACCUCCUGCAUGAUAGUGAUGAAAUAGAAGAUCAUGAUAGUACUGACUUGUUAGAUACAGAAGUUUCUGUUGGUGAAUAUAGCGGCAGUGAUAAUUUAGCGUAUAAUUCCAUUGAAGCUGAAACUUUGAUGAUUGGUGAACCUGACGCUGAUGGUAAUCUUACUGUUAUAGGAUCUGCAUAUUCUAUGGAAGAUAUUCAGGAUUUAGGAGAUGAUGGUAAACAAUAUUAUUUGAUUGAAGUCAAAGACAGUUCCAAAAAUGCUACAAAUGAUGAAACAGAACCUACUGUAUGAACUAUUGUAUUUAUUUCUGUUUAUAAAGGUAUUUCUUAAUAGGUACUUCAGGUGCUUAAUGUUUCAAGGUUUACUGCUGAAGGAUCUAUAGGAGAAUGUGGGGGGCAAAGUAAAAUAGUUAAGAUGACCAAGUUUUUUCAAAAUGAUAAAAUUGGAAAUUUAUUUGGAAAAUUACAAAGAACAUUGUAUUUUAUAGUGAAACUUGCAGUGGAACAGUAUUUUUUAUUUUUGGCUGUAAAUUUAAGCAUUAAAAAAAGAAAAGUGGAAAUUUGUCACUUUUUUUUUCCUUGGGACAAAGUGAUUAAUAAAAUAUUUUUCUAAUGAAAAAUUUUCAAUUUGAUUAUAAAAAAUAUUUUUAGUCAAAUAAAUCAGUAAAUGAAAGGUUUAAUGAAUAAAUGAAAAGACACUGUAACAAAAAACAAAAAUUAAAUAAAUAAAUUAAUACACUAUGAAGAAAAAUAAAUGAGUGAGUUCAAAAGUGAAUGAAUAAGAAAAUGAGUGAAUGAAUGAAUAAAUAACUGAAUUACUAAAUGAAGUAAUGUAAAGGAAUUAAUUAAUAAGUGAAUACAUAAGUGAUUUAGUAAAUGAUUGAGUGAGUAAACAGAGCGCCCCAUCCCACUUUGCCUCUCAUGUACUUGACUAAUUAAACAAUAAAAUAUGAAUAAGUUUAAUGUUAACCAAAUAAGUACUUUUCCAAAUACUAGAAGGUUUCAAUUCAUAUUUAAAAUGUUAAUAACAAGAACUUUAUAAUUUUAUAAUAACAAAAAUAUCUUUUGGCUUACAUAAAAUAUUGCAGUAUGGCUAUCAAAUUUUCAAAAUUGCCUGUAUUAACAUAUGAUUAAAUCUUCAGUGGUAUUAUUUUUUCCUGACUAGAAUAGAUUACAUGUGCUACUACAUAGUUAAAAUAUAACCAGAUAGGUGGUGCUAGAGGUGGGUAAGUAAAUGUUUCACUUUGCCGCACAUUCUCCUACUUGAUUCUCAAUAUUCAUUCCUCUUUUGAGUAUGUUAGGACAGGAUGCAAUGUAUUAUUUAUAUUGAACAAUAGAUAAAAAUUAAGUUGGUGCUUUAUUUAAAAUAGUAUGUUUCAGCUGCAGCAUAUUUCUUUAUUUCAAGUUUUUGCUACUGUGGGAAAUGUACUUGCUGCUCAAUAUUCAGUCCUCUCUCUUGUUAUGCAACGACAAGAUACAACAUUAUAUUAUUGUAAAACAGAUUGAAAUUAUAUUGGUGCUAUAGGAGUUCUGAUUUUAUUUUUUAUAAUUGAAGAUAUCUUUAGAUAGAUGGUCACCUGUAUGUUUUCUCAUAAGUUUAGUUAUUUAGUAAUUAAUGUGCAUGUGAAGGCAUUUUUAUAAGGUUUAAACUUGUUAUGUAAAGUAGGAAUGCACAACCUUUUCCAGUGAAGUGCCACUUACAUUGCAAGUAAACUAGGGAGGGCUGCAUGCUCACCUGUGAUAUAGAGGGCAAUUGCUGUUUCUCGGGCUUUGAAAAAUUAAUGUUUUUGCAAAAAGCUGUUCUGAAUCUAAAAUUGAACCCCCUAAAAUCGUACUAUGUCAUAUGAAAAAAAAAUAUCAGAUACACAUUUUUUUUUUGAAUGUCAAAAAAUUGUCCAAACUGUAGUUUUUUGUUUAACUCUCAAUUUCUUGUUUUUGCUUUGAAAACAUUGUAAACAACAAUAAGGAAAUAAAAAUGUUAGAUUAAUUUUCUUUGAUGAUACAAUCUAAGUUACAUAUUGUCUCUGUCUAUAGUUAUAUUAUUAAUUAAACUAUGAUGAAUUAGUUCAACAUGCAGCAGCCCUUUAUUUACCAACUUGGUUGUAUGUAUUCUUCAUCUUCUUUUUCUACACAAUCUGUCACAUUAAUAUCUGGUCCUUCACACCUAGAUGGCACUGGAAGAAGUUUUACUGAUCAUCUGAAUUUUUUUUUUCCUCUCAAUCCACUUUCAAAUAUAUUUAGCAUUUACUUUGGAUAACCAUCAUAGAGAUCUUGUUUAUUAUCAUUAUAAAAUUUUUCAUCAAAUACCUUUCCUGUUUUAUAUUGAAGGAGUAAUACUAUAUCAGAGAGUUUUCAAGAGUGCCCUUCAUUUUUCUUUUUGUCAAUCAUUUAAUCUAUACUGUUUAUACAAAGUGUAAUUUCUUUUUAAUUGUAAGGUGUGAAGAUGAGUAACUACCACUAGCAUUCCAAACAUCAUUUACUUCGAUUGCUAAACUGCAUUUUAUAUUAUCAGUAGCAUCAUUUCCACUUUUCUCUCUUGAUAUAACAUAGUGCAAAGCUUCUGCAUUAGUUGGUAAUUGUGAAUUGUUGAAGUUAAAUUCCUCAUCUAUAGUCUGCACUAUUUGAGACUUGAAUCUUAUAAUAUUAAACUUAUAUUUUAAAAUUCUGUUUAUAAAGAAAACUAAGAACUGUGCAUUUUACACUUAGUUGAUAAAAAUAUGCCAAAUAAUUUAGAUGGGUGAAAUUGACAGAAAAUACUCUGCAUAAAUUUCUGGUAUCUUGGCAGCUGUUAACAUACAUUUUCUAACAAAUCAUACCCUCUAUAAUAAAUGCAGUAUAACUUCGAUUUAACAAUACCUAAUUUAACUAUUCCCUCAAUUUAAUGACACAUUUCACUGGUUCGGAUUUGAUUGCAUUAAAUGUCUAUGCUUUUCAACUUAAUGAUGUCCUUGAUUUAGUGAUAACUUUUUC